CUGUACCUGAACACACUUGAAUAUUGUUUGUUUCAAUUUGAUCACCUCAAGAAACACCAUGAACAUGAAGGGGUUUGCAUCUUUAGCUUUUUUAAUUAUUCUGGAGAUUUCCAAGACUGAGAGUCAAGAUGUACGAGUGAAGCUUUGUGGUCGUGAGUUCAUUCGGAUGGUGGUCACAUCGUGUGGAAGCUCGAGACUCAAAAGGAAUUCACCUGAUUCAGACCUUCACUUCGCAAACCCCCAUAGGAAUCUACAAAACUGGCUCAACAGCGCCCUCGUUGCGCAGAAAGGGACCCUGACUGCUGAGGAGGAGCAGUGGAGGGAGCACGAAUCCCCCGAGAGCGCGGCAGAGCAUCUAGUCCCCGACCAGCAGCACAUAAGCCCACCAGCAGAGCAUCUGGAACACUCCAGCACUGUGCAGGAUCUCAGGAUGUCCUCCAGGACCCGCCGUGAUGUCGGGCCAGCGGGCGUCUGCUGCACUUCAGGAUGCACUAUGAGUGAACUGAUUCAAUACUGCUAAACUCACACAAGCUCUCCUAGGACGGAUAUAGAGCCCUAUAGAGGUCCUGAAGCUGCAUGUGGUAUAAACAAUUAUGUUUCAUUAAACACUGCAUCUAAGUUACCUCAACUGUGUUCCACUGUUGUUCAUAGUCAUUAACAUGGCUUCAUUCCUGUACCUAACAUGAACUAACAAUUAAAAUAAUUCUAAAUUAUUUAUUCAUCUAAAAAUGUUAAUUUUAGCAUUCACUGAUAAACUAUUGUAAUCAAAAAGCUGUAACUGUUACUGUAAUAUGCUUUAACACACCUGAGCUAACAUGAACUAAAAAUGAACAGUAGCAUUUUUAUUAACUAAUGUUAGCAAAGAUUAAUAAAUACUGUAACAAAUGUAUUUCUCAUUGUUAGUUAAUGCACUAAUGGGACCUUGUGUGGAUAUACAUAUGCAAUUUAAUGAAAAGUGCUGUUUGUUAUAGACAUAUAUGA